UUUUCAAGAUAUUGAAAGUUUUUCGUGCAUGACAUGUAUUUCAACAUGUUAAAAGUGUUUUAAAAUAAAUCAAUAAAACAUUCUUCUGUUUACAUUAAAUGUAGGCAUUCUUUCUUUUUCUGCCCAAACAUCCGAGACAAGAUGGCCAAGCCUUAACUGGCUACUGUCUGCAUAUGUUAAUGAUAAAAAAUACGCCUGAAACCUCGCAGGAAAAUGAAUUAACAGCUCGUUAAAUCUUUCGACUACAUGGCGACACGCACGACACAUUGUCGUCGCAUGGGUACUGUAGGUGAUACCUGACAUUUCCAUAAACCGGAAUUAGCUGUGAAGUGUGACUCGAGAGUGUCAUGGUGUGAGGGAUGCGGAAUGUUAAAAGUUGGCCUUACAUCAAGACACCUUCUCACGCUUUGCACCUCUUUUACUAGAGAAUCACUCACAAAUACGCAUGGACUCCGAAGGCGAGAAAGUGGCAUGGGUACUGUGCUGAUGUCACGUUCCCAUAUCCACAGGUUAAAGGUUUAAAUUAAGCACAUUCAAACUGCCUGCUAACAAUUCAUGCUUAAUGACAGUGGCCAGCAAUCAUCCAAUGUUGUAAUAAUUAACUAAUUUACACAUUUUGACCACAAAAUCAUUAUUACCAACAAGUAUUAUUAUUAUUGUGUUGUUGUUUCGUAAAAAUAAAUCUAUUUAUUUAAAUAGUCUUAUUAAUAUUCAUUUGUUAGAUAUGCUUGUUUAAAUUAUAGACCUAAAUAGAUUUUUAUAGAACAAAUAAUAUUAUCAAACUAAUUCAGUCUAGGUUUAUUUUAGUUUUUUUAAUUGAACAAAAUCCUAAAAAAAUCCAGGUCACGUGUUCUCUCUUCAAGUCGUACAAGUUGCAUGUUAACCAUCUGUGGAAAAUGGCAGAAGUGGUUUCAGAAUAAAGUAACUCUUGAAGUGAUGCAAAAAUCCGGCGCUAGGGGAACCUUAGGGCUUGGUCGUGUAAUUGGCUACUCAUUUUAAUGCAAAUCCAGGGGUUUUGAAGUCCUGGCUGACGUCAGAGGGCUGGUUAUACCUUUGCCACCACCACCUUGACAACACAGUCACAUCAUGUUUGAUUGAAGAACGUCAAGGACUACGUCGCGUGACCUGGAGAUCAUUUUGGACUACCACAGAUAAACAGUUAAAAGCUUGAUUUUGGGUCAGGCCCGAUAUUAAGUCAUUUUUGGCAUGGUGCAUGGCUGGCAUGUUGACUUAAAAAAGUCAUUUUAGGGGUUUCUUAUAAAUCAUGUACGUUGGAUAUCUUUUGGAUAAAGAGGGAAACAUGUAUCACCAAGGACCUGUGCGACGAUCUGGCAUCAGUAUUCCACCACAGAAUUUUGUUUCCACACCUCAGUAUUCAGAUUUUUCAGGAUACCAUCAUGUGCCAAACAUGGACAGUCACGCACAGUCUGCAGGGGCAUGGGGCGCUCCUUAUGGCGCACCGAGAGAGGACUGGGGCGCGUACAGCCUCGGACCUCCAAACCCAAUUUCUGCACCUAUGAGCAAUUCAUCACCGGGACAAGUUUCCUAUUGCUCGCCUGAUUAUAAUGCCAUGCAUGGUCCGGGGUCAGCAGUGUUACCGCCACCACCUGAAAACCUUUCUGUGGGUCAACUUUCCCCCGAGAGGGAAAGGCGUAACUCCUAUCAGUGGAUGAGCAAAACUGUCCAGUCGUCAUCAACCGGCAAAACGAGAACGAAGGAAAAAUAUCGAGUUGUUUACACAGACCACCAGAGGCUGGAGCUGGAGAAAGAAUUUCAUUUCAAUCGCUACAUCACAAUCAGAAGAAAAUCCGAACUGGCCGCAAACCUUGGGCUUUCAGAGAGACAGGUGAAGAUCUGGUUCCAAAACCGCAGAGCUAAGGAAAGGAAAUUAAUGAAAAAGAAAUUGGGUCAAUCUGAUGGGAGUGGGGGAUCAGUCCACAGCGACCCAGGUUCCGUCAGUCCCCUACCGGUACCAGGCUCACUGAGUCCAUCAGAUAUGCACGGUUCUCUCUACCCACCCCCAGGAAUGAACGCCUUACCAUCUAUGAGGAACAUACAGCAAGUUACAGUCACUCAGUGA